AUGCAGCAGAUCGCGCAGGGGAUGGAGCACCUGGCUGAGCAGCGUGUCGUGCACCGGGACCUCGCGGCUCGGCACGUGCUGGUGAUGGGCUUCGACAAGGAGGACGUGCGGAGGACGUCGGUGAAGGUGGCGGGGUACGGGCGGGCAGCGGAGCUGGUGGACGGCAGUGACGGGAGGGUAGCGGGGAGAGCGCUGCCAGUGCGGUACAUGCCCCCAGAGUGCAUGCAGAGAGGCCGGUGCUCGGAGAAGAGCGACGUGUGGGCCUACGGGGUCACGUGCUGGGAGAUCCUGACCUCGGGCAUGACCCCCUAUUACCCCAUGACGGACCCGACUGUGAUCGGGUACGUGUGCGGGGGUGGGAGGCUGCCUCGAGAGCACCUCCUCGGAGGAUGCCCGGACGGGUUGUGGGCCGUGCUUGAGAGCUGCUGGGCGACGAGGGAGGAGGACCGCCCCACGUUC